AUGUCGGUUGGUGGGGUGAUGAGCAAGGUUAAACCUUAUCUCCUCGUCAUUUUCUUGCAGAUUGGUUUUGCAGGGAUGUAUACUAUCGCAGUUGCUUCGCUCAAGCGCGGUAUGAAUCAUUAUGUGUUGGUUGUGUACCGUAACGGGAUAGCUGCUGCCGUUAUGGCCCCUUUUGCUUUGUGGUUUGAGAGGAAAACAAGACCAAAGAUGACGCUGCGUGUCUUCCUCAAGAUAAUUACAUUAGGAUUACUUGAACCCGUUCUUGAUCAAAACCUUAGCUACAUGGGACAGAACAACACCUCUGCAGGCUUCGGUUCCACGUUAUUCAACACAAUCCCUGCAAUUACUUUUGUGAUGGCCGUAAUUUUCAGGAUGGAGAAAGUAAAUCUUAAGCAUAGACGAAGCCAAGCAAAGGUCAUCGGGACUGUCGUCAGUGUACUUGGUGCCUUACUUAUGAUAUUUUACGACGGACCGGUUGUAGAGUUUUUCUGGUCUAAAGGUCGAACUCACCAUAGCACCAGUGGAGCAAACAAUGGUGGAGGCAACUGGGUUAGCGGAACAAUUAUGUUACUGGCUAGCUGUGUAUUUUGGUCAGGAUUCUACAUCGUUCAAGCAAAUACUUUGGAGUCAUAUCCUGCAGAGCUCUCCUUAACAACCUUGAUAUGCUUUUCGGGCUCGGUGUUGAGCAGUGCAGUUACAAUCAUAAUGGAAGGAUGGACUGCAAAGCCUUGGUCCAUUGGUUUUGAUAUGAGACUCAUCACUGUAAUUUAUUCGGGAGUGAUAUGUUCUGGGGUUGCAUAUUAUGUGCAAGGGAUAGUGAUGAAGGAGAGGGGGCCGGUCUUUGUGACUUCUUUCAAUCCCUUAUGCAUGAUCGUAACAACUCUCUUAGGUUCCAUUAUUCUAGCAGAGGAAAUCACUCUGGGGAGGAUUCUUGGUGCUGUAGUCAUAGUGUCUGGCCUCUAUUCGCUCAUAUGGGGAAAGGGCAACGAUCACUUGACGGUACCUUCAGAUAAAAGCGGAAAGAAUAAUGGGUCCAUGGACUUACCGACGACCGCAGCUGUCACAGUUUCUCAAAGCAAGUUGGAGUUGCAAGUUAAAUGA